UCCACCCGUUGUCUUUCGCGCUCUUGAAACGCAGUUUCCGCAAUUACGUCCGAAGCAAUUGUGAUAAAGUGCUCUGUAAUGUUGGGGUAAUACUUAAUUACCACCGUGAAUACCAAGUUUAAUGAAUGGAGAGGCUAAAAAACGAGUGACUAGAUUGGAUAGAGUGGUUCCACCAAUGCAGUCAACAUGGAUUCCAACGUUGGUCUUGACUACAUCGUGGACAACCCUGAUUACUGCAAUAAACUCGCUUCAGCUCUGGAUACUGCCUGUACAGCAGUGAAGAAGCAAGUGGUGGAAUUACUGUCAGCCCUGUGUGUGUACAGCCACGAUGGUCGACAACGGGCUAUUGACACUCUUCAUAUUUACCAGGAACGAAAGGGAGAGCGCUAUCGACUGCGGGCAAUCGUUGAUGAGCUCCAGAAGGCGACUGCCGAGGAUUAUCAAGCGGCAUUACUCGCAUUCAUCAACUGCCUGGUCAUCUCAACGCCUGCUGUCAAGGAUCGUGUUCGUCUUCGUAACGAAUUCAUUGGACUGAAGCUACUCCCAAUUCUGAACGACCUGCGGAAGCAGAAGAGUCAAUUCCCAGAUCUACGAGUGCAAUUGGACGUUUUCGAUGAUCAACGGGAGACCGAUGAAGAGCUCACCAAUCAGGGACCACCGGGGAUUGAUCUGUCCUCUCAUGUAGACGUGUUUUAUGCUAUUCUCGGUCAAAUUGCAGACACACCUCAAGAAAUUCCGUUCUUGAGUAUUCUUCAGCACCUUCUGCGACUCGAUCCAAAAGAGGCUGCGAGUGAUCUCGCCUGGGAUACAGCGGAAACGUUGGUGCAUAGAGCUACAUUGUUGGAGAGUCGCGAUGAUGUUACAAAGCUUUUGAGGUCUCCUAGUCUGCAGACAAACUUGUGCUGUCACUGUCGUGGAACUGAUCAAUCCAGUACUCCACGCAAAUCAUCGAUUCCCGCGGGUAAUUCCCCGCCUUUCCUCGUGUCUCCCCCCGCGACAUCUAUUCCCACUCCACCAGUACCGCCAAAUCCCGCCAACUCGUUCAUACUGCCACCACCUCCACCACCACCCCUUUUCGUCAACAGCGGUAAUUCUGAUGUACCCAUGGAACCGCCCCUGCCACCACCCCUCCGAGUGCCCACGAUCAACCGUGCACCCACCCCAGAACCACCCAGUAACGCCGGGAAAUUAUUACCGCAACAGGAGAUUCCAACGCCCAAGACGAAAAUGAAGACCAUCAAUUGGAAUAAAAUUCCUAAUCACAAGGUCGUCGGCAAGAGGAACAUCUGGUCGCUAGUAGCUAACGAACACCAAAAUUCGCCAAUGGCGGAUCUAGACUGGGCUGAGAUGGAGGGACUCUUUUGCCAGCAAGUGCCACCAAUGAUCCCUCAAUCCACAUCUGCAUCCUCCAGUUGUGGGAUUGAUGCAGAACGACGACGACGAGAGCCAACCGAGAUCGUCCUAUUGGAUGGGAAGAGGAGUUUAAACGUCAAUAUCUUCUUGAAGCAAUUCAGGACCUCGAAUGAGGACAUUAUACAGUUGAUCAGGGAAGGCGGACACGACGACAUUGGUGCGGAGAAACUGCGAGGGCUCUUGAAGAUAUUACCUGAGGUCGAUGAAUUAGAAAUGCUUAAGAGUUUCGAUGGUGACAAAUCGAAGCUCGGUAAUGCGGAAAAGUUCUUCUUGCAGCUCAUACAAGUACCAAAUUACAAGCUGCGAAUUGAGUGUAUGCUAUUGAAAGAAGAAUUCGCUGCCAACAUGAGUUACCUAGAGCCCAGCAUAAACUCGAUGAUCCUCGCUGGAGAGGACCUAAUGACAAACAAACCCCUCCAAGAGAUGCUGUACAUGGUCCUCGUAGCUGGUAAUUUCCUCAACUCCGGUGGCUAUGCUGGCAACGCCGCCGGUGUCAAACUAUCGUCCCUACAAAAAUUGACUGAAAUCCGGGCUAACAAGCCGGGCAUGAACCUCAUACAUUACGUCGCACUCCAAGUAGAGAGGAAACGGAAGGAUUUGCUCCAUUUCGCGAAGAAUAUGAGUACACUGGAAGCAGCUGCGAAGACGACAAUUGAGCAGCUGAUGAAUGAAUUCAACACGUUGGAUACUAAGAUCAAGAAGAUUAGGACGCAGAUUCAACUUCCGUCGACUGAAGCUGAUAUUCAGGAACAAAUGGCGCAAUUCCUGCAGAUGGCCGAGCAAGGAAUGUCCCAACUCAAACACGACAUGGAAGAGCUCGAGACCGUCAGGCACAGCCUGGCCGAGUUCUUCUGUGAAGACGCGAAUGCGUUCAAGAUCGAGGAAUGCUACAGGAUAUUCCACCAAUUCUGCCAGAAGUUCAAUCAGGCAGUUGCUGAGAACGAGAGAAGGAAAAUCCAGGAGGAGCAGAUCAACGCCCGACGAAAACAGCGCGAGGAGCAACUGCUCGCCAAAAAGCGUCUCCUGAGCAAUCAGAUGGAUAUUCCGGGUUCAGAGUCCGAGUGCAAUCUCAUGGACUACGGAAUAUUGGACAUUCAGUCUGGGUUUUCACGUCAAUCCUACGGUCGAAGUGAAGCCAAGAUGAAGAGACUUCAGAAUGGAGGGGUCACAUCCGACGAAGACAUCUCGAUAACAGGCUCACCGAGUAUAAGGCGACGUCUCGGAUCCUGUUCUGGUGGGCCUGAUCAGCAAAUUACCAAAGAGGAUACUUAUUCCCCGGAUAUAACGCCCAAUGGGACACUGCGUCGAAGGAGGAGUCGGGUGCCUUGUGAGGAUGAUGACGGAAACUUGAUGGACUUCUUGAGGACGAGCAGUGGACAGGAGACCACCAGGGAGAGGAAGUCGUGGGGCAGUUUGGAUAGGUCCUGGGCGAGGAGGGCCAGGGGACAGCCUCGGCGUGGGGAUCUGCUCAAUGCCGAUUUCUCGGGUGAUCGGGAACGACCGAGCUCACCCUCACCUCUCGCUGAGACCAAAUCGUUUCUACAGGCGGAGGAGGACGCUAAACCAACGGGACGAGCGUGGAGACAGAAGAUUGAAGCAUGGUUGUCAGAAAACGAGAAAGAGGAGCGAGCUGGUGAGGAACUGCAGAGGAAGGCGCGUCAGUUACAGGCUAAUCGUAGAUCCUUAGAAGAUCCUGAAAAUGAGGGCAAGAUGAACACCCUAUUGGAAGAUCCAUCCCAGUCAAGAUACGCAGAGAUAUACGACUGGCGUCCGUCAGUCGAGAAGACGGACGUGAUGAGAACGAUGGAGGCUAUCGAAGAGGCGCAGCCUCAUCCCCCUCACACGGACAAAUCCUGGAGGAAGUCACCCCUGGACACAUCGAACCCCGAGGAAACCGACCCGAGAUACUCCCGGAGAAUGCGACCCAGACUGGUCAAUGAGAACGUUCUCGGUCAGAGUACGCUGCAGGCCAUCCGAGAGGAGGAGCGCAAGAAGAACAAGUCCCUGGACGUCGCGCCUCCCGAAGACAACGACGUGCUGACGAUCUACCUUCGACAGCCCAGUCUCACCCAAACCCCCUCCAUGAGGAGAUUCUCAAAAUCAUCCAGCAAGAGCGAUAGAGUCACCGACAAAAUCGAGAUAGAUUCUGACAAUAUUGAGACUCCUCCAGUUACUAGGAGAGUCUUCAGUCCACCUAGGGAAGUUAAACCUGUGGAGAAGGAGCCGUGUAAACGGGAGAGGUGCAGCAGUUCACAAGGGAGGGAGAUCAAGGCUGUUGCUGCCAAGCCAAUCGUUGCUAAUAAUGAUCUUGGAAGUGGUAAUUUUGAUAGAUACUCCGCAGCCCGAAAGACCCGCAGAUACAAGAAAACUCAGGAGAGUCCGUCAGACAAGGAGAAUCCCCCGAAACAGGACCCCAAUGUCGACAGCAUUGAAGAUAAUCCUUCUCGCCCGAACAGUCUCUCCCUGAUAAUCGACAAGCCCCCCGACGAAGACGUGAUGCUGCGAGUGUGGCAGGACAAACUGAAACGUCGACACGUCUCGACCACCUCUGACCCAUCCCCCACGGACCCCCCGAAGGGUGAUGACCUGGGAAAAUCAAGGAGAACAAAUUCCCGAGUGCCAAUUACGCAGCCGGCGCCGGUAGUCGCGGUAACAAACACAGUAUUGAGUCCAGUGAUGCAGGAAUCUAAACCGAGGGAGAUGACACCUGUGUGGCCGGAGCGAGCAGUGCCCUGUAGGGAGAGGCACCGAAGCAUGAUUGACCCGAGCCAAGUGAGAGAAGCAAUGAGACUAACUAGUAAUCCGCCCAGUCAAGUGAAUCAAUUAAACCGGGCAAUAGAUCGUGAAAGGGAUUCACUGCCAAUUGUCUAUGUCUCCUCGGGCGAAACUGAGUGUGGACAGGGGGAGGGGCGUCUGGAGGGCAUCAACCAGGGGACGAACUUCAAGGAGAAGAAUCAGUCGUUAUCUGCUGAGGAGAAAAACUCGGGGGAUAAAUCUCAUUCGGGGAAACAGACGUCUCCUCUGUUCAGGAGUCGAUUCAUACCGGACAUCAACAUGACUUCGACGUCUCCGUUGAUUGGGAAGUCUAAGGAUCAGGAGCUCAAUGAUGAGGGCUUCGAGGAGACCCAGAGUCUGGUAUCGGAGACGUUGAGUCAGGAAACGUCCUCCGGGAAUUACGAGACAGAUGUCCACGAUUCCCCCAGUUGUUCCCCCGCAGAGAUGCAUUACAAUAAAGACAGCCUGUCCGACACCAAGAGGAUCGUCGGGAAGGACGAGAUAGCACGACUCAAAGGGUUUCGUCUCCACUCGGGGUCUUUGAGGUCUGCAAACGACAAGAUGAGCUACCUCCCGAAGAAGGAGAAGCUAGUUCGUGAAGCUAAGGUGGAAUCUCCAAAGAAAGGUGUGCACUCGUUCCGGAGUGAGGUUGAGAGGUCUGGCUCUCGGAGCAGUUUGAUGAGCUCGAGGAGCUCGUUGAACAGCGCUACUUCUGUCAAUACUGUUCGAAAGUUACCGAAUCACUCGCCACUGAGGAGCUACACCUCAGCCAUUUGUGCCAUGACCAAUGAUCUACGUAAGGGUGCUAAUACACUACCUCCUAACAAAGAGAAUGAUAAACGAAGGGCCACGCCGAAGUCGACGGUCACGAGGAUUCCGGCGAGUCGGAGCAGCAGCAGUGGGAGCAGUGUUGGUCCUGUUGUUAGAAAUAUCCGGAAACACAAAUCCGGAAUUAAUGAUACCACAAAAAUGGUGACUCCGAAGCCAAAACGAACGAUAUCAACAAGGAGUGACAGUAACAACAGCAUUGGUGCUCCUCCUCUGCUGCAAAAUCGUGUCCCAAGCUCAAGAGCGCUUACGUCAACAUUAAGUAGAACCAAAAUCACUCAACCUCGUAAUCACAGCUUCAUGAGGCCGACCGCAGCCAGUGUGAACAAAGGGUCGAUACCUAAUUUAGCGAAGAGCAUAAAGAAUUUGAGCAACUGAUUGGAUGAGAUCGCAAUAGAUUUCUCCAAUCACCUGUUCGUUUUUUUCAAUGCAAAAUCACUUUACCCCGUCAGUUCUUUGUGGAAAUUGAUUCAGUCCUCACUAUUCAGUGUCCUUGCCAUAUGUCCACAAGAACGCUGCGAAAUAUCAUAGAUUAAUCAUCGGACUGAUGCUAUAAAAAAUGUAGAUUAAUUCACGUCGGUGAAACCCCAUUUUUGUACAGAGAUGAAUGCAAACGAAAAUUUUAUCAGAAGGUGCAAUUGAAGACAGAUGAAUUCACUCUGGAUUAGAUCAGGAUAAGUCGUUCUCUGAUUUGUGCUGAAUACAAAUAAUUUCAGGUGAAAAACGUAUGGAAAAAAUUGAUAGAAUUAACUCUAUUGAGAAUUGAAGCUUUGACUGAACUUUUUUUACUGGAUGUGAAAAGUGGAUGAAACUUAUUAGAUGCAUAUUUUUUCAUUUCGAUUUCCCAUGAUCCCCAUGACUCAUAGUUGGACUAUUAUUCAGGCCCUUGUGACCCUUCGUUUUUUACUCUUCAUUUCUGACCCUUAAUUUUGGGGUCUUGAUUUCGAAUACCAGAUUUUCAUCACCAGAAGUCGAUUUGAAUUUUGAUAAUAUAGAGACGGCCUCAUAUGACCGCCAUGACCCUUAUUUUGACCCUCGUCACCCUUAUUAUCCCCUGUGACCCUUAGUUACUGACCCUUCACUUCUGACCCUUAAUUUUGGAGUUUUUAUUUCGAGUACCACAUUCUCAUCGCCAAAAGUCGAUUUGGAUUUUUAUAAUGUAUAGGGUGACGUCAGCACCUUAAUUACAAAUUUCAGGCAGAUACAGCAGAGAAAAUCGGGAAUUCAAUGGUACAAAAACGACUAAAGUCCGAUAAUAGGCUUUCAAAUGUUGAACAUUAGAAUUUUUCAGUACUUCAGGCAAUUACAUUGCGAUUGACUACCGCCAUGAUUGGAAACGAUGACGCAGUUGUCAAUGGAACUCGAUAUGAUAGUUAAUAUCUCUCUUCAUGUUGAUAAAAUUAUCGGUUCAUGGCAACCAUGACCCGAUACAACAAUGAUCAUUGCUCAAACUAUCGCACGUAAUGGUGUUCCAACUACAGUGGUCACUCCCUAACAUUUCGGUUCCCUAACAUUUCAGUCGGAGAAGUUGACUUCCCCCACCAUCGACAACGUAAAUGUGUUGGGUAAAUCUGUGGGCCCCUCUGCGCGACGGGACUGCGCAGUAAAAUUACUCUCGGCAUGUGAACGUGAAUCAGGUAGAUUCUUCCUCUCUGUUUAUCUCUUUCCCAGCUCCGCCUCCAACGGAAGAGUAGGGGCUUCCCGAACAUUUAAUUCCUUGAUUUCUGGCCCCAGAGGCUGAAAUGUUAGGGAGUAACCACUGUAUCGCGCAUAAUGUCUAGAGAUGCGAUGUGACGUCACGAAUGAAAAACCGUCAGGUAAAAAAAAUAUGACCGUCAUUGACAGUCAUAUCGUCUGUUGUCAAUAAAAUGGUCAAAUAAAACUUUGUCAUUGAGAAAUGAUCUAUAUAGAUGCGACAUGACGGUCAUUUUUUUCCGUGUCACAAAAUUUUGUCAUGUUUUGCAAUUAAUAACUACCUACUUCGUAGUUCAUUGACUAGAAGUAGUUCGUUAACUACUUCGGGGUGAAAUGGGGUUACAGUUUCGCCAACUUUCAGAUAAAAUAAAAAAAAAAUUGGACACCUAAAGUGGUUUCGCCACCACUUAGAUGCGAUAUGACUGUCAUAAGGUAAGUCGGUCACAUUUUUGUCAUGUGACAGUAAUUGGUCAUUCGUGGAUCGGUAAUGUGACGUGUCAGUUACGGUCACAUGACCGUCAUCUGACAUGUAAUGAAAAUUGCUCGCAUCUCUAAUAAUGUCGCUAAAAUCAUCGCAGUAAACAUGGCAUAAAGCAUGGCGGGAGACUACAAUGAUGUUAUUGGGUAAAUCAUUGAAAAAUUCUAACGCUCACUAUUCAACAAUUUAUUAUCGUAAUUUCAUAAUUCUUAUGCCAUUGAGUUACUGAUUUUCCACUCUAUAUUUCCUCACAAUUUGUAAACAAGAUGCUGACGUCUCCCUGUAGAAAGAAAUGAUGAAAAUUGAUGAGUUACGGCCAAUAGACAAUGCCUGCCUAAUUGGAAUAGAAAUCAAAUAGAAUUUUCUAUUGAAUUCGCUAGGUUUUUCUAUCAAUCUUCUUGAUGCGUGAUAACGCCUAAUGACUCUCCCAAACUGUACCUUCAAUUGAAAAAUCAUACCUUUUAAUAUUGCCAAACAUAUAGCUGUGAGGGGCGUAUUAUAACGUAUUAUUACAUCUCAAAGUGUCUCGGGUACCUAAUGAAAUCACGUCUACGAGAGAUCACUAUCAUCCCAAUUUUAAACUCCUCCCAUAAUCAGUUACCAAAGUUCGAUGAAACUCAAGGAGAAAUGCGCAAGAAUUCACCGGAUGUUCUUCCAGUCUUCUAGUAUUGAAUAAUUUUUUAUACAUAAUGAAUGUUCCGUAACUUAGGAUUAAAACGGUAUUAUUUUUCUGUUCCGGUGCUAUGGACGAUUCCAAAUUGAUUCAUGUCAUGUGCAAACUAACAUUUUGUAUUGAUUUUUAUUUCUUACGUUUUAGACUUCAUUGAUGGCAUUAGUAUAGUUAAUUAAUUGUCGAAAGUAAAUGAUGAAUUGUUGUAGAGUUUACCGGUUGCUUUCGAUUAAUAAAUAAAUUUUAUCGUGA